GCAGAUGAAGAGCCUGCUUUUGACUGUUACACUGUUCGUCCUGGUGAUUGGCCUACGAGCCCAGGAUGAACUGCCUUUCCUCUCGGAAGACAAGAAUGUGAGGCAGGGAGCGAUGGUGGAAGGAUGCUUGACUGUUGUCCAGUGCCUGAGGAUUGGAGCCGGCACUCAUGAGCUUUUUAGUUCUCAGAGUCUGGUCUUUAGCACUGCACCUCAGCUUGGAGUCUUAGCAGAAGAGCCAUGUGGAACAAUUCCCUUUUAUGUUUGGGGCACGAAUCUCAUGUACAUCUAUGAACUGCCAGUGAUGGACCACUACAUCUUAUACAGUGAAUGCCGUUUUCUUGAGCAGAAAGUUUAUAUGGGAGAGCUCAUAGGGAAGGAUCCCACAGAAAACCACGAGGCCCUAGAAGAGUUCAAGAAGUUCGCACAACAGAAAGGAUUCCCACCAGAAAACAUCAUGGUUCCUGAGCAGAGAGGAGAGCAGGUGACUUUAGAGAUCAUAGACUAG